AUGACAUCGCACGGUGGCGGCGGGUAUCAACCAAACUAUGGGGCGGGAUAUGACGGAUCGUCUAGACAAGAAAUGCUCCCCUUCUUUUUACCUGGGGAAGGCAUAAAGCGACAAGUAAUUCAAACCGAUUUGCCUCGGUACUUGGGGAAUAAUGCCCUCUCGAGACCGGGGUGGGACAAGGGGGUCCCGGGCUAUUGGUACACAGGUUACAGGCCUCUAACAGAUGCCCAGGUUCAGUCAUUAAAACAAGACUCCCAAAAAUGGAGCAGCGAGCGUGAGCUCAUGUCCCACCGUUACCCAGGCCAUGAGCUGCCAGGUUAUGAACGGUCUGCCACCUUCAGGGACAGCCUACAGACCAACUCAGAUGGCAAUAACCCUAAUCACCCAUACCCUUCCUUCCCCCCAAUUCCGGGCCCACCUGCUGGAUCUUUUCAGCAAUAUGGUAGUGGACAAGCGUCUUACCAUCACCCAACCCCUUAUAGCGCGCAACCAGCCCCUUCGGGUCCUGGAAUACCACCUGCUCCGAAUAAUGACCGUAGCCGCUUUGAGUACGUACCCUCGGCAGAGGGCGGAAAAUGGUGGGACCGCAGCUCGGGGCAGUACGUACAAUCUUACCCCCCUCCGGAAAAUUCGUCCACCACGGGAACGAGGCCCACGCAAAACGAACCUCCAACUGGUGCGCCUGAUGAGACGGAUUUGCCCUACCGUCGUCCAACGGAACCUAAUCCUGGCACGGAACCAACAGGGUACUAUGGACCAACCCACUAUUACCCCCGAAAUUAAGACCUCUGAAGAAACUUGACAAGCCAUCAGGUGUUUCUUUAUCGGGAUCCAGAGGCCUCUGGACAAAAAAGUUACAUUACCCAAGUUCACAAUUUCCAUGAUACUGCUCAGCCAACUUUGAGGGCUACCUUCAUUUUCACAACCCUACCACUUUCUUUUACUUUUUCUUUAUUCCUACCUGGCCUGACUGGGAAGGAAGUGUUUGCUUUUAUUCACCAAAUUUUCUGGCGGCGCCGGAUUUCCACCUCAGCGAACUUCCUCUGGUUCCAAACGGAUAAUAUAGUAUCUCUGGAAGUCCGGACCCGGGUUUGCCUUAGGAGAAAUUUUACCAUGAAUGCCAUUAUUCCCGGAUCUGCUAUCCUUGGAAUCCGCGCCCAGGUGUUUUUCAUUCCCCCGUCUAUGGACCCUAGGGUGCCCUAAAUUCCCUUGGCCAUGCUAUUUUGAAUAUCUAGUUGGCCUGCACUCAUUUGGCCAGCCUCUUUUUUCCUGGAUGAUGGACCGAACGUCCCUCAGCAAUUUCGUUCUUUUGCUACUUCUCAAGGUACCAACAUCCGUGGGCACUUUGUUAAGCUGUGAAGAGGUUAUGUACGACGAAGCGGGUGGAGCCGGGGAGGCUACACACGACGGAGCAGAUGAGGCCAGCCUUCUUCAGAACUUUUUUGAAGACAUGUAGUCGUGGACAGGUCGUGGAUAUGGACUUGUGUUUCUUUUAUACGAUACAUAUCCUCUUUUUUUAGGUUCCCGGGGUUUCCAUUGGGGUUUUUCUGUUUUACUUUCUGGGACGGCCACUUUGUUCCGGACCUUCCUCCCAUCCAUUUGAGGAAAGGAAUCACGAUCGCACAGGUCUCGGUGAAGAUCAAUUCACCAGCUGUAUUUAAACUAGGAUAUUCUGGCACCUUCUUUUCUUUUUGUCAUAUUUUGUCGUCCAUGGUUUAAGGUCGGGCCUCUAUUACUGUCACCAUCAUGUCUUUCAUGAAUAACCUUGUACUUUUUAUCUCGCUUUCGUUUCAAUUUUUCUUGGAAAUUUCUCAAACUUGUGGUUUUGUAUGUUUCAAAUAUAACUCACCUGGUGUGUGGUGGUGGUGGUGUUGUGG